GUAAUUCCGGCGGCAAGUCUCCAUCGAGACCUCCAGGUCACUGCAUGCGACCACAUACCGAGCAAUGGCUAGGAAUCGCCAAACAACGCAGGCAACGCCCGCGCAGAAGCCUUUGGUCGAGAUACCCGAAGACGAACAGUGGCGCUUGAUACAAGAAGCUGGUGUUCUCAGGAAGAUAUCUGACACACGAAAACCUGGGGAGACUACAGACAAUGUCGAACCACUCCCACUUGCGGAGGAGAUCUUCAACGCUGUCGUACUCAUUAUGCCGUUCACCUUCUUCCUCAUCAUGAUGGACAUCCUUAUACAUCAGCAGUAUGCACAGCGGUCAACCGUGAGUGACGUUGCCCAGAGGCUCCUCACAAACUUCCCCAUUCUGUCUAUCUUUGUGUUCUACACCACGCGACACAAGGCUAACCCUCGCAUGCAACUCGCUCUGUUCUUACUCUCCCUCGGCGUGGGGCCCCGAAUGAUAUGGCUCAUCAACCGUGGAUCAUGGCUUGUCAACAUACGACAGUGUCCACAAUUCGCAACCAUAUGGCUGUAUACAGUCGUACAGUUGAACUUAAACUGGGCCGCUCUCAGCUUAGUGAUGAUAGGAGCUUGGACAUGGUUCACAGGAAUGAAACUCAUGGUGUGAUUCCUUGUUACAUAGACAGACCGCGCCAAUUAUACAAAU